AUGAGUAGUGAUUCAUCGGCUGGGAAAAGUCCUCCUAAGAAGAAAAAUGUGAAAUAUGAACAGAAAUUCGUAAAUUUGUGGUUAAAAGAUGAUAGGUUCAAAGGCUGGUUAAAGAAAAGCACUAAAGAUUCGAAAAUUGCGGAACAACCAUCAAUGAGCCGCACAAAAGCUAGAGCUAUUAUUGUUAAUGUAACUGAAGAAGAAAAUAUAAUAGAGAUGGUACAGAACAAUUGCUUUGCAUUACUUGUUGACGAAAGCACAGAUAAGUCUACGAUAAAACAUUUAGCGCUUCUCGUAGGAAUAGUAAAAUUAGAUUUCAGCGUUGAAGAUAGAUUUCUGACUUUAAUACGUAGAUGGUAA